CACAACGAGGAAGUAAAGUAUCUACGAGAAGAGUGAUUAGCUAAAUAGUAAAGUCAAACAAACAGCAUAACAAUCAAUAGUACAUAAAGGACAACGAUUUCUCUGAGUAGUUAAAUAACUACGACUCCAUCUAAAUCGCAGCUUUCCCCUAAUCCCAAUCGUGCCUGUGUAUCUGGAUCCCCUACGCUAGCCAAUACGUAUCGGAAUUCUCCUGCUGCUCCAGACUCCCUUGCUGCCCCAGUCUGCGUGGCCCAGUCCAGGACUCUUUCAUUCGGGUAUUUCACUGCACAGCUCCAUGGCGGGUCGUGGAGGGACGGCGCGAUCCAACGGCCCGGCAGCAGGCAGCAAGAUCUGCCAGUUCAAGCUAGUGCUGCUGGGAGAAUCGGCAGUGGGCAAGUCCAGCCUGGUGCUGCGCUUCGUCAAGGGCCAGUUUCAGGAGUACCAAGAGAGCACCAUCGGAGCUGCCUUCCUCACACAGACCGUCUGCCUGGACGACACGACGGUCAAGUUUGAGAUUUGGGACACAGCGGGCCAGGAACGGUAUCACAGCCUUGCGCCUAUGUACUACAGAGGAGCACAGGCGGCCAUUGUGGUCUACGACAUCACCAACACAGACACAUUUACGCGAGCCAAGAACUGGGUGAAGGAGCUGCAGCGACAAGCCAGCCCCAACAUCGUCAUUGCUCUGGCCGGGAACAAAGCCGAUGUUGCCAACAAGAGAGCCGUCGAUGUCCAGGAAGCCCAGGCAUAUGCAGAUGACAACAGUCUACUGUUCAUGGAGACUUCCGCCAAGACUGCCAUGAAUGUUAAUGAAAUCUUCAUGGCAAUAGCCAAGAAGCUGCCUAAGAAUGAGGCACAAGGCAGAGAUGGGGAAGGGAGCCGGACCAGGCCGGUGGUGGACCUCCUGGAGCCUGCCCCCCAGGGCCGCAGCGGCCAAUGCUGUGGUGGGAGCAAUUAGCCUAUAGCCAAUGAACUGUCUGAGUGAGCCCAGAACACGAAUAUCAUCAAGACGACAACCAAUCACGGCCUGGAGGGGAACGAUGCGUUAACCGUUCUCAUCGAAUGCACUUAAACUGAGAUUGACAGCCAAGCUAACCUGCCCUCCCAUCACAUCUCGAAUUUAAAGGAGCCUCUUUUUAAAAUCAUAAGCUAGACAGGGUCAAUGCGGCCCUGCCGCAUUCUCCCACUUUAAUCUAUCCACCUACUAAAUUUCCCUUUCAGUAUUCUUCUUCUCUCACUUCAUUUGAAUACUAACUGGAUUAUGUCUUAAUGCUCUUCCUAAAGGAUGGAAAGGGUUUAUUGAUCAUACUAUCCCCUAAUAGCCUGUAUGUUUUGGUGACAGGUCUAUAAAGUGAUCUUUAAGUCAUCCUUUCUGCUAUCCAGUCAUUUUCUUCCUUCCUUGUUGAACUUCCUCGCCUGGAAACAGGAAAAGAUUUGUCAGGAGGACAAUAUGUGGUUCCACUGUUUCUCUGGAUCUUGUAAAUGAUCAGCCUUUAUUAUUAUUACACCAUUAUUCUGGCACAAGUGGGGAUUGAUUAUAUAGGACACACCUAAUGUGGUUUCUGACAAAUUCAACUGUAACAAUGAAGCAAUGUGCAUUUUAACACCUAGUGCACCAAUAAUUUUUAGCAUCUUGUUUAUGAGUCUGUAAUAUAAAUGUAAGAAAAAAAAAGUAAAAUUUGAAAACAAUAAAAAAGUUGGCAAGAUUUUCUUGGCCAAAAUGUAAA